AUGAUAGAUACUUAAAGUACUUAAACUCUUACUUAGUAAGAAAUUAACAAAAACUGUAAUAUAGUUUUAUUUAAUAAUAGCUGAAACUGAAUAGAAUGUUUUAAAUUCUGAUUGUAUAGUAAUCUAUUCAUAAUGUCAUUUUAAAGGAGAAUAACUUCAAUUAUGUGAAUCUUAAAGAAAUAUCGAGUAUUGAUAUUAAUAAAUAUAGUAAUUUUGACCAUGAUAUUAAAUCCAUUUAAAUUCCUAAAGGAUAUUCAGUUAAACUUUAUAAUAAAGAGGAUUUCUCUGGUGAUAAAAUCAUAUUGAAAGAUAGCUAAGAAUGUAUAAAUUAACCAUUAUCACUUACAUAAUUGUAUGAGAAAUAAUCUCAUAAAUUUUUGGUCCUGGCAUAAAACUUUAAUCUAAGAGCAAUCUGA